UCGGUCACGCUGUUAAUUUUUUCGUGGGAAGCGUGAGCGUCUAUUGCAAAAAACGUUGACAAUAAAUUCCAACAGAUAAGCACUUUUACAAUUAGUUAAACCAUAAAUAUGCCUGCUGUGGUGCGCAUCAAACGCCGCAUUGACGAGGAACCGCAUACGGCCUUUGUACUCAAUGGCAAGCGUCGACGCCUGCAAAAUGAUGAAAAUGCGCCAUCAGAAACAGCUACAACAACAGGGACUUCAACAAACACAGACAACAAAGAAGAAUUAAGCCAAGUGCUGUUAAAAUUUGCCGGCACAUUGGACAAACAGGAUGAUAGCGCAACCAAACAAUUUGCGGCCGCACGACUGAACAAAGAAGCGGCCAAGGAGCUGGUGGCUCGUAAUCAGAGCAGCGAUUCCUCCAUUGCUGCUGCCCAACGUCGCGAUCGUCAGCGUCAGGAGGCGCAGCAGACAUCGCGAGAGCAACGGUAUCGUGUGGUGAACUGCUUGCGGACCACACUUCAAGAGGAAACGGAAAAUGAUGCCAACGCCCCCUGUCGGCCACAAGCAGCAACGGGUACAACAACCACAGCUGAUCAUAGGGAAAUCACAAUUGUUGACAUUGAAGAAUCACAGCAGCAGCGGCAACAACAACAAUUGCAACAGCCAGCAGAUUCAGAUGUUGGCUAUGUGUAUGAUUUAUAUGUGCCAGAGAAUGAGAUGGAGGCGUCGUAUGUUGAUAUGCUGGAUGACAACUAUUUAAGUCUGCGUCCAGUGGACGAGAUCGUUUGGGAGGAUUGCUACAAUGAUGGGGAUGAAGAUUGCGACUCCGAUGACUCCAAUCAGGAGAAUUACUAUACCAACGAGUAUCCUGAUGAUGAUGAGGCAAAUCUUGGCUCCGAUGAUGAGCUGCGUCACAAAAUGGAUAAAUUAAUGUUUGAUGACGAUGAUGAGGACGAUGAGUGCGAGUCCAGCGAGGAUGAGGAUUACAAUACCUUCCAGGAUCCAUAUGUGCACACCAUCGAUACCGAGGCCGAUGCCUUCGUGGAUGAUGUGGACUUUUGCAAUGUGGAUCGUCAGGGCAGCGCCUAUGAACGCUUUAAGCGUCGUAUUCUACGCGAGGCCGAAGGACUCGACUCCAAUUCCGACGACGAUGAUGAUGAUGAAGACUAUAAUCCUGAUGAGUUUGCUGAUGCCAGAGAUAUAUUCAGCGACAGCGAAUAA